AUGUCUUCACAGAAACGAAAAAUAACGAACGAACAUCGAGUUUAUAAUGACCGUUGGGAAUCAGAAUAUUUAAUCUCAAACAAUAAUAAUAAACUUCAGUGCAUUGUUUGUAUGCAAGUACUAUCGGUUCCUAAAGAAUAUAAUAUGAAACGACAUUACACUACGUUACACGAGAAAACGUUUCGGCCAUAUUCAGGGGACUCGAGGCAGGCUAUCAUAACGGAAUAUCAGAAAAAACUAAAACAACAAACAAGUUUUUCAAAAAAUCUGACUCUGAUAACUAGUGAAUAUCGCAUCAACCAAUUGCAAGACCAUAUCAAUGAACAUGUAUCCAAAAAAUUGCGUGACGUGGUUGAAAAAUAUAAAUAUUUUUCGCUAUGCCUGGAUGAAAGCACUGAUCUGUCUGACAUUAGCCAGCUUGUAAUUUUUAUCCGAACUAUUCAAGACGACUUCAGUGUAGCAGAGGAGAUGCUUGACUUUAUUCCUCUCCAUGGUACAACCAAGGGUACAGAUAUUUUUGAAGCUGUGAAUAAGUUGGUGUCAGACUACGGGGGAUUUGAUAAAUGUUCCUGUAUUGUCACUGAUGGCGCCAGAGCUAUGACAGGGACUGAAAUUGGAUUUGCAGGACUAUUGAAACAAAACAGCAUCAACUGUCCUAUAGUGGGCAAUCGUGCUUUGACUCACAGAAAGUUUCGUGAUUUUUUAGCCGAAGUGGACGCUUCAUAUGGGAACUUUUUACUUCACACCGAUGUUCGUUGGUUAAGCGCCGGAAAGUGUUUGCAACGAGUGUUCGCUCUACGCAAGGAAAUUCCUAUUUUCCUUAAAAAUGAAGUGACGUCCGACACUACGGAACUGGAAAAUCAAAUGACAGAUGCACAAUUUUUAGCAGACCUUGCAUUUUUAACAGACAUGACAUCUCACCUCAACGAAUUGAAUUUGAAGCUACAAGUAAAACAGCAGAAUAUUGCCAACUUAUUUGGACACAUAAAUGGGUUUAAGAAUGAAAUUAAGCUUUUCAAGUCUUCAUUACAAAAAAAUGAUUUUUAA